UGUUCUUCACUAACCUGUCCGUACAUGCAUGCGCAUGCACGGAGGCAGGCUCGUGACUGGAGCUCGUCUCGCGGGCGCGCUUAAUGUACAAAUGUUUUGUCCUUUAAGGCACCCCGGCCUCCUGCUAUCGCACUCGACUCUGUGUGCGGACUGCUAUAUUUAGUCGUCUUUUUCUUCUUCUUCUUCUUCUCCCCCCCGCCGCCCUAAUCUUGUUUCCAUACACCAACACUUUAUCUGAUGACUUCGGGGAGGCAGCGGAGCUAAUGGCCGGGCGGGCGCGCGCGGCGGGACGUGCGCUGGCUCGAGCGCGGUGAGCGAAACCCUCGGCGAGCGAGCAAACAGACGGAGAGACAAACAACCAAAAAAAGCGUGUAAAUGAGGGAGAGGUGAGGUGUUUUUGAAAGGCGCUGGAGUGGAGAAGAAUGGCUUCCAAGGAGCGGCUGUACGAGCUGUGGAUGUUGUACUACACCAAGAGAGAUGUGGCCUACCUGCAACAGUGGCUGGAGGCGUUUGUCGCGUCUUUCGAGAAGCUCAUCAACGUUCAGUCUCUGGAGCCUCGCCGACCAGAGGAGUCCUGCUCAGAAGUGCCCCUUUUGCCCCGGGAUAUGCUGGUGUUCCUCAGCACCCAGCUAUGGCACAGUGCGCUCCACCUCUCUGGCCAGGAGCAGAACAGCACUGCCCCCCACCCCCUACUGCUCAUCAAGUUCUUCAUCAUCAUCUCCAGGAACCUCGAGAACAUCGACACCGACAAGACUCCUGGCUUUGUCUUCGAGACCAUCAAACUUUUGUCUUUUUGUCUCAUGCAGCUGAAGAAGCAGGUGGAAGACCAGAGGUCACUGCAGACAGUGGUGCAAUAUGGCUUGCUCCUCUGUGAGAGCCUCUUUGACCCCUACCAGACCUGGAGAAGACGACUGGCUGGGGAGGAGGUGAGCGUGCUGGAGAGAAGCAAGCACAAGUUCACCCCUCUUCCCCUGCCAGAAGAACUUCCAGCCCUGUUCCAUGAGAGCUUACAAGACAUCGAACAACUGCCUGAAGAGCUGACAGUCCGUCUGGUCCAUCUCCAGGGUGCUGUCAUCAGCGGCUGCAAGAAGAACGGCCUGGCCUCCAUCACUCCCCAGGCUGUGUCGGACCUCAUAUCCCUGCUGCGCGCCUGGUGCUGCCGGCCGUCCGUGGAGCCCAAGGACCCGCGGCUGGUGCGGCUCACCCUGCAGAGCCUUACCUCAAUGGUGCACCUUCUGCACUCCAGCAGCCUUUGCCAGAGGCAGGUGGAGAUCCAGGUGGUGCUGGACAGCUUCUUCCGUCUACUCAACUGGAACCGGCUGCCAGAGAUGGAGCAGGGGGAUGCUCGGGGACUGGAGGACAGCCUGAUCACCCUGCAGGCUCACAUGCUGAGUGCUGUCCCAGAGAUCUUGCAGUGCUCCGACCGGCCUGCGCUGCAGGCCAUCUUCCUCAGCAACAACUGCUUUGAGCACAUCCUGAGACUUAUCCAGAACAGCAAGCUCUAUCAGGGCAGCAGGGGUAGGCCGGAAGAGCAGAGCGCGUGUGACCUCACUACACGCCUGCUCACAGAGGUCGAAGUGGACCAGGUUUGGGAGAAAGGAUCCGAUGCCAUCACAGUUCACGCCCUUGGGGUCCUCACCGCCAUCAUGGCCAACUCUACCUCAUCCAAGGAGGUUUUCAAGGAAAGGAUUGGGUACUCGCAGCUGUUUGACGUGUUGAAAAGCCAAGGAGAGCCGACGAAGCGUCUUAUGCAAGAGCUCAUGAACAUGGCGGUUGAGGGCGAUUACACCCAAGUGGCACUUCUGGGCAUCAGCAAUGAGCAGCCACUGCUGCUCCUGUUGCAGUGGCUCCCAGAGCUGGCCUCCCGCGAGUUGCAGCUGCUCGUGUCUCAGUGGUUGGUUGCAGCCUGUGGAGGCUCCCUAGCCUGCCGAACAUUGGCCGUCGAGGCAGGGCUGCUGAGCACUCUUCUCGAGGUGCUGGCAAAUCCUGAGCGCCUCGACCGGCAGUGUGCUGAAGCUCUGCUGAGCCUCAUGCAAGACCUAGGCUCCCUGUCACUACGGCCACAUGAGCUCAAGGAGCUGCUGAGGCUGCUGAGGGUGGACUCCAGCACCCAUCCCUACUGUGGGCGUGUGGUGAGGGCGCUAUCUGCCAUGGCAGCCCGUGAGAGCUGUAGCGCUCUACAGUACUUUGACCUCACGCCACCUAUGGCCGGUAUCAUGGUGCCCUCCAUCCAGCGCUGGCCAGGCAACGGGUUUGCCUUCCACGCAUGGCUUUGCCUCCAUUCUGAGUUCCCAACCCAACAUUCCGCACCCAACACUCCCACCACACCUACAAGCCCCGGACAUCCGGUGCUCCCAAAGGGUCGACGUAGGAAACAGCUCUACAGCUUCUUCACAUCAACUGGCACGGGAUUUGAGGCUUUCUUCACUAUUGAGGGCAUGCUGGUGGUAGCGGUGUGCACCAGGAAAGACUACAUGGCUGUCAGUCUCCCAAAACCUCUGCUGAACGACUGCGCCUGGCACUCUGUGGACAUAGUGCACAUUCCCGGUCGGCGACCUUUUAGCCAGAACCAAGUCACCAUCUACGUAGAUGGUGUCCAGCGCAGGACUGCUCAUCUGCGAUUCCCAUCACUGAAUGAGACCUUCACUUCCUGCUGCAUCGGCUCAGCUGGCCAUAGGACCACCACAACCAGCACUGCUGGCACCUCGCCCACCACCCCUGUUGCCACCUUGACCCCAACAGAGCUGCCCUUCCCCACCCAAGUGCCCCCGCUCACACGCUCCCAGUCAAUCCCAGCAUCCUUCGCAGCUAGCCAAUGGAUGGGUUCCGUGCCACCAUCUGACGUGCCUGUUCAGACCAUCUCAGCUGGGCUGCAGGACACAGAGUGGGGCACACCCUCGUCACUGGAUGGCCUCCUAGGGACAGCCUUCAUUUGCCAUGAGGCCCUGCAGCCCACACAGGUCCUGGUGCUGCAUGCUGCAGGUCCCAAUAGUGUGUCACUCUUCAAACCCGAUGGAGAGCUGUCAGAAAUUAAUAGCAAGCUGCUGCUAUACUAUACCCCACAGGCCUUUAAGAACCAAAUCUGUCUGGAUCUGGCACCAAACCACCAGUAUGAUGGAAGACUGACUGGACACAGAGUAGUUAACUGGGAUAUAAAGGAUGUUCUCGGCUCUGUGGGGGGCAUAGGGGUGUUGCUGCCCCUGCUGGAGCAGGUUUCCAUGAUGGAGCCAUCUGAGGAGGGUAACCAGGAGACAUCAGAUCUGCUUGGUCCUGAGCUCACCUCCUCCAGUGGUCCUGCCCGCAUGGGACUGCCCCUGGGCAAAUUGAUAGAGGGCCGGCUGGAGAGAAACGGUGUGGCCGCCUUCUUGCUCAUGGUGAAGAACCUGUUGAAACAACACCACGUGAACCAGGAGAGCUUACUGCACUGCCACGGGCCGGCCAUCAUUGGAGCCAUGUUGCAGAAGGUGCCAAGCUCCAUGAUGGACAUGAGUGUGCUGAUGGCCUGUCAGCUGCUCCUGGAGCAGGUGUCCAGUGAGGGCAAUGGGGUUCUGCUGUCCCAGCUCUACCAGCAUCUGCUCUUUGACUUCCGCGUGUGGAGCAACAGCCACUUCGCCGUGCGCCUCAGCCACGUGCAGCAGCUCAGCACUGUGAUCACAGAGGGCAAGCAGCGCACACGUCGCAAGUAUGGCGUGCAGUACCUGCUGGACUCCAUCAAGACCCACUACAGUGUGGAGAAGGACGGCAGCCCACUCUCAGAUGAGCUGCAGACGGUGCAGGCCUCCCUCUUCCAGCUUGUGCAGGACUUGCUGGACAAGUCUCCGUCCCCAGAGGAGCUGCACAGUCUGCUGGCUUUCACCAUCACAGUGGGGGUGGAGCAACAGGCAAGCCGGGCGCUGAUGGUCCUGCAGUCUGUCCUCCAUCACCCACCUCGUGAGCAGGUGGUGUCUGUGUUGCUGGAGUGGGGUGUAGAGCAGCUGUACUACUUGCUCUUCAAGCCCGGCUUUGGGGACGAGGUCCGGGAGGAGGUGUUCCGGGUCCUGUGCAAGGUCUUGAAGAGCGAGCGUGUGUCCGAGCGCAGCAAACAGCGCGUCAGACUUAAAGACUGCAGCUACCUGGGUCUUGUCUGUUUCCUAGGGGACAUCCCGAUCACUAUGACCACCAUCCGCUUCCUUUCUGAGCAGGUCUUCACCACAGAUUCCACCCCUAAUUUCCGGGACCUGCUAGCUAUAGUCUACCUGUCCCACCGUGCAGACCUUAUAGUGCGCUUGGAUGUCUGUCGCAAGCUCUUCCACCUAAUCCACUCCAGCGAGGACUAUGUCAGACAGCUGGCACGUCAGCCCGGCUGGCAGGACGUUCUCACCAAGCUCUACGUAAAGGAGUCUUAUGAGUCACGAGCCGCCAGCCAGUCAGGUUCCAGCCCCAACAGCUCCCUGGACCCCUCCCAGCCCCUGCUCAGAAGGGAGGGCAGCCUUCUAGAGGAUGGCCGCGCUGAGGUCUUCCUACCUUACCCCUCGCGCGACGAGGAAUAUGAGGAGGGCUUCUCUGACCUCUUGCCAUCGCCCUCUGUCGGCGGCAACUGCCAGCUGAAGAACCUGGGCGUUUCCCUCAACUUCAAGUCCUUUGACUCGGUGGAACAGAGCAGCCGCUCAUCCUCCACCUCUAACACAGUGGACAUCCCAGGCAGCCGCCCCGAGGAGGAAGGUGUGUAUCAGCCCCUCUCUCCAUUUGGCACGUCACCCUUUGAGCUGGAUCUGAAUGGAACUGGCAACGGCAGUGGGGGGAGAGCCUCCAGCAGCUUGCCUGACACGCCAUCACCCCUGGAGCACAGUCGGCCUUUCCCCGGCCUUCAAGCCCGCAAGAGCUCCAGCCUAUCCAAUGUGCUAGAUGACACAAGCUACAGCACGGAGGCUCUGCCUGGGGACAACAUCUCCAACACGUCCAACCCGCAGCAGACUCCCGAGGAGGAGCUGUGCAACCUGCUGACCAACAUCGUGUUCUCGGUGCUGUGGAGUGGCACUGAAGGCAACGAGGAUGCUGUGUGGCGAGAGCGAGGCCUGGUCUUCUCUGUCCUUACCACGCUAGGCUCAUCCUGCCAGCUGGUCCGCCCACCGGAUGACAUCAAGCGCAGCCUCCUGGAGAUGAUGUUAGAGUCAUCCCUGUCCGAUCUGCGGGAUGCCCAAGGUCUGUCCCUCCCCCACUGCCCCAGCCUGGUGCGCCUCCUACGACUGCUACAGGACUUCCUGUUUGCUGAGGGUACUGACAAUCAGGCGCUGUGGAGCGAGAAGAUCUUUGAGGGUGUGGUGAACCUGCUCGACAAGCUAAAGGCCUGGCACUAUGGCACCAGCUCCCCUGGGGCCCUGGAGCUACGGGAGAUGGCCCAGAUUGGCUUGCGCAUCAUCAUAGGUUACAUACAGCAGCAGCACUCCCAGGUGUAUGAGAUGGCAUGUGUGAAGCUGCACAGUCUCCUGCAGACAGUCCUCUAUCUGAGCUGGGAUGAGGUGUGUUUCCUGCUGGGGCGGCUGGGUGCCCCCUUGUGGCAGGGCAAGGAGUGCAGUCUCCCAACCACUGGGGCCCAGACGGAAGCAUUUUCUCAGCUGGUUCCCAUUGUGCGGACAUUGCUGGAUCAGCAUGCGGAGCCUAACAUGUUGCAUACUCUUCUGCCCAACCUGCCGCCCACUAACGGCAGCACCACAUUCGCUCAAGACCUCCAGGCCUACUGCUGCACCCAGGAGUGGCAGGACGUCUAUAAGCAACAGAUCGAACCCACUAUGCUGCAGUAUGAGCUGGACACUUUUGGGAAGAGCCAUGACCUCAUGUCCAACUUCUGGAACUCCUGUUUUGAUGCCCUGAUGAGCACAGCGCAGAAGAGAGACAAGGACCGUACCAACUGCAAGACCAAGUUCCAGGAGAUGGUGGUGGAGCCUUACUUCAAGCGGUUACGCAGUGAGAACAGCCGUUACCACGCCAGCCUGAAGCAGAGCUCCAGCCAGCAGGGGGUGGUGUGGCAACACUGGAAAGCCCUGCACCGGCUGCUAGCCAGCGAGAGGGGAGCCUGGGCACACCGUGUCCAGCCAGAGGUGAAAUGGAAGUUGUCAAACGCAGAGACAUACUCAAAGAUGCGACUGAAACUUGUCCCAAACUACAACUAUGAUCCUCACUAUGAGGCCAGCGCGCAAAGAGACAAUAUGGGAAGUGACAGCCCCCGCAGUCUCACGGAGCCUCUCCCGCUGGCCGUUGCCAAGGAAGCCAAGGUGAGCGAAAUGGAGGAUGACCAACUUGGAGAGGAAGACCUGAGAUACCUGGAUAACCACGUGGAAGGAGAAGACGAGAGCCAGAAGGAGAAGCUCAUCUUGUCAGAGGACUGUGAGCUCAUCACCAUCAUAGCGGUGGUCCCAGGCCGCUUGGAGGUCACCACCCACCACAUCUACUUCUACGAUGGCAGUUGUGAGAAGGAGGAGACAGAGGAGGGCAUUGGCUUUGAUUUCAAACGGCCGCUCUCUCAGCUAAGAGAGGUCCACCUGAGACGUUACAACCUGCGUAGGUCUGCAGUGGAGAUGUUCUUCAUUGACCAGGCUCACUACUUCAUCAACUUCCGCAAGAAGGUCCGUAACAAGGUGUAUUCCCGCAUUCUUGGCUUGCGGCCUCCCAACUUGUUCUACUUUGGCUCACGGUCCCCCCAGGAACUGCUCAAGGCUUCAGGUCUCACACAGAAAUGGGUGUGCAGGGAGAUCUCCAACUUUGAAUACCUGAUGCAGCUCAACACCAUUGCUGGAAGAACAUACAACGACUUGUCCCAAUACCCAGUGUUCCCCUGGGUGCUGUGCGACUACACGUCCCCCACUCUGGACCUGGAGGACCCAGCUGUGUUCCGUGACCUGUCUAAGCCCAUCGGUGUGGUGAACCCCCGCCAUGCACAGAAUGUCAAGGAGAAGUACGAGAGCUUUGAAGAUCCCACCGGCACAAUUGACAAGUUCCACUACGGCACACACUACUCGAAUGCGGCCGGUGUCAUGCACUACAUGAUCCGUGUGGAGCCCUUCACCACGCUGCACAUCCAGCUCCAGAGUGGCAGGUUUGACUGCGCUGACCGCCAGUUCCACUCGGUGGCUGCAGCAUGGCAGGCUCGCAUGGAGAGCCCAGCUGAUGUGAAGGAACUCAUACCAGAGUUCUUCUACUUCCCAGAGUUCCUUAAGAACAUCAAUGGUUUUGAUCUGGGGAAGCUUCAAAUGUCUCAGGAAUCUGUGACAGAUGUGGUCCUGCCACCUUGGGCUGAGUCUCCUGAGGAUUUCAUCAGGAAGCACAGGAAAGCCCUGGAGAGCGAGCACGUGUCUGCUCACCUGCACGAGUGGAUUGAUCUGAUAUUUGGGUACAAGCAGCGAGGCCAGGAUGCUGUGGAUGCCCUCAAUGUGUUCUACUACUGCACCUACGAAGGAGCAGUGGACCUGGAUGCUAUAGUCAAUGAGACAGAGCGCAAGGCCCUGGAAGGCAUCAUCAGUAACUUUGGUCAGACCCCCUGCCAACUCCUCAAGGAGCCGCAUCCCCCCCGCAUGUCAGCGCAAAGCGCGUCCCGACGGCAGUCCCGUAUCGACACCCUCCCACCAAACCUAUUUGAGAAGCUCACCAAGCUCAAAGCCUUCAUGGAGGUUGUGAGCGAUGGGGUGGCGCUGGUGCAGGCCGUGGUGCCCAGGAACCAACCGCGGUACAUCACACAGGGGACUGACAUGCUGGUCACCAUCAGUGCCAAUAGAUUGCUGGGAACUCACAGCUGGCUGCCAUAUGACAAGAACAUCGCCAACUACUUCACCUUCACCAAGGACCCCACUGUGUCGAACCCUAAGACACAGCGUUUCCUGGCUGGGCCCUUUUCCCCAGGGGUGGACCUUGGACCACAUGUCUUGGUGGUCUCCAGCGAUGGGCGGCUGCUGUUCAGCGGCGGCCACUGGGAUUGUAGCCUGCGUGUCACGGCUUUGAGCAAGGGCAAGCUGGUGGGCAGAAUCUGCCGACAUAUUGACGUGGUGACAUGUCUUGCUCUGGACCUGUGCGGCAUCUACCUCAUCUCGGGCUCCAGGGACACCACCUGCAUUGUGUGGCAGGUCCUGCAGCAGGGUGGCUUCUCCAGUGGCCUGUCCCCCAGGCCAGUGCAGGUCCUCUGUGGCCAUGACCAAGAGGUCACCUGUGUGGCCAUCAGCACAGAGCUGGACAUGGCUGUCUCAGGGUCAAAGGACGGCACUUUGAUAGUGCACAGCGUGCGGCGUGGCCAGUUCCUCCACACACUAAGGCCCCCCUGUGAGAGCUGCCUGCCUUCUAGGGUGACGGAGCUACAAGUGGGCAUGGAGGGCCACAUUGUGGCCCAGAUGGUGACAGAGGGCCGAACUCCUGGCCAGGAGAAGUACUUCCUCCAUCUAUACUCGGUGAACGGGCAUCAGCUUGCCUCGGUGCCCCUUGAGGAGCGAGUCACGGCUCUUUGUCUGGUUCCGGAGUACGCCAUCACGGGCAGCUCCGAGGGAAACCUGGAAAUCCGAGACUUGUACAACCUGAAGCUGGCUGUCCCAGCCUUGGCCUUGAAGGUCCCCAUUCUCAGUAUAUCUGUCACCAAGGAGAGCAGCCACAUCCUGGUUGGCCUGGAGGAUGGGAAACUCAUUGUGGUUGGAGCUGGCCAGCCUGGAGAGGUACGUUCAGGCCAGUUCUCCCGCAGACUCUGGGGCUCAACCCGCAGGAUCUCCCAGGUCUCCUCUGGGGAGACGGAGUACAAUCCCAGCGGCAGCCCCAGCAAGUGA